CACCAUUUUUGUUAAAAUGUGAGUUGAGCUCAGAGAAAGAGAGAGAGUAGAAAAACCAACACCGAGAGAAGAGAGACAGUGGUGCGAGAAAGACGUAAUAUUUUAAAGAAGAAAGCCAGAGAGAGAGAGAGAGAGAGAGAAGAAAAUAGGUUAUGGUGUGACUGUGUAUAAUAGAAUAGAAUAGAAUAGAGAGUAGUUUAGGAGAGGAGGGGGAGAGACAAGAGCGUAUCUGUGAAAAUCCAAAAAAUUCGAUUCAGUUUCCUUUAAAAAGCAAAGCAUAGGAAGACUGCAUUAAAAUAAAAAAAAAAAAAAGAGGAAGAAAAAGAAAGAGAGAAAGAAAGAAAGAAAGAGAUUCACAUUGGAACAAAACAACCCAAUCCAACCCAAACCCAAUACUCUGUUUUUCUUUCUCAUUCAUUGUAUAUCACCAUGACACCCAACUCUUCUUUCUCCUCUCUUUCUCUCUCUUAACAGUAAGGUAAGACACAACAACAUAUAUUUAUCUUUCUUUCUCUCUCUUGAGUGUUUCAAGGUUGGUUGUGUGUGCUUAGCUGUGUGUGUUUUCGGGUCAAUCUCUGGUUUCCCAUUAUUAUUAUUAUUAUUAUUAUAUGAAAGAAAAACAGUGAACGUGCUUCUUCUUUGUCUGGAUGCCUCAAAAGCUCAACUAAACAUCACGCUUUGGGAGGGACAUGAUUAGAGUUCUCUCUCUAUUUUUUUAAUCCAGGUUUCUUCCUUUUCAACAUUCACAGACUGAGACACCACAAUUUUUUUGUUUGGACAGACAAAUGGGAAAGCUUGUUUUGAAAUUUGAGCUUUUUUAAAAAAAAAAUUUGUUUUUGGGGUUUUGCAUCUUUUGACAGCCAUGCUUGUCUCUGAAAUUUGAAGUUUUUCCCUUUUUGAGUUCUGGGUCUCUCUCUCUCUCUCUCUCUUCUUCUUCAAAGAAUACAAAGAAGUGGCUUUUCUUUCUGUUUCCUUUUAGAUAGAGAGGGAAGAGAAGGGAAGGUGAGAGCUUUGUCUAAAAAUCUCAAUUAGUUUUGCUUGGUUCUAAGCUGGGUUUUAUUGAAUCCAAGAAACCAAUACUGUAAUAAUGAUGAUUUUCUAGGAGCUCAUCAUUAACUUUAGAAGAAAAAAAAAAGUGGAGUCUGAAAAUUAGUCAGUACUUUUUGAGAGAAUUAACUUAAUAAGCAUAUAUAAGUUGUUGUGUAUGAAAAUGUUCUGAUUUGUUGAGGUGGGUUUUUAUCUUUAAGCAUAGAUUAGAUAUGCUGUGGGUGAAAGUGGAAGAGCAAGAGGAGGAAGAAGCAAAGAGUCUUUUGGUGUUGUUCUGAAAUAAUGGGUCUGAAGAUGCAGCAGAACCACCAUUCUGUGGUUGUGAGGUUGAAUGAGCAGAUGGGGACCAAAACAGGGUACACUUGGGUUCAGAAUUACAGAACUUGGUUUCGAAAUUUAUUUACAUUCUGGUUGGUGCUUAUGGUCGUCGUGGGUGGGGUCAUCUACAGCAUAAUGGAUGCGAAAAACGUAGAGAGAAGGAAAGAAGUGCUGACCAGCAUGUGUGAUCAGAGGGCCAGGAUGUUGCAAGAUCAAUUCAGUGUUAGUGUUAACCAUGUCCAUGCCCUUGCCCUCCUUGUUUCAACUUUUCACUACUACAAGAACCCAUCAGCAAUUGAUCAGGAAACUUUUGCUGAAUAUACAGCAUGUACCUCCUUUGAGAGACCUCUACUGAGUGGAGUGGCCUAUGCAGAAAGAGUAGUUAAUUCUGAAAGAGAGAGUUUUGAGAGGCAACAUGGUUGGACUAUAAAGACAAUGGAGAAGGAGCCAUCCCCACUCCGGGAUGAGUAUGCGCCAGUGAUCUUCUCUCAGGAAACAGUGUCUUACAUUGAGUCUCUUGACAUGAUGUCUGGCGAGGAAGACAGGGAGAACAUCUUGAGGUCCAGGGCUACUGGGAAAGCUGUUCUUACAAGUCCCUUCAGGUUGCUUGGUUCUCAUCAUCUUGGUGUGGUGUUGACAUUUCCUGUUUACAAAUCAAAACUCCCUCUGCACCCAACUGUAAAAGAGCGCAUUGAAGCAACUGCAGGGUACCUUGGUGGAGCCUUUGAUGUUGAGUCUCUUGUGGAGAAGUUACUUGGGCAGCUUGCUGGGAAUGAAGAAAUUUUGGUCUAUGUAUAUGAUAUCACAAAUUCGUCUGAUAAACUAAUCAUGUAUGGUCACCAAAAUCAAGAUGAAGACAUGUCUCUUCUGCAUGAAAGUAAACUAGAUUUUGGAGAUCCGUUCAGAAAGCAUAAGAUGAUUUGCAGAUAUCAUCAGAAGGCACCGGUGCCACGUUCGGCGAUUGUCACUGUAGCUAUAUUCUCUAUUAUCUGGUACUUAGCUGGUCAUAUCUUAUAUGCUGCUGUAACUCACAUCGUAAAAGUUGAGGAUGAUUUCCAUGAAAUGCAAGAACUGAAAGUCCUUGCUGAAGCUGCUGAUGUUGCAAAAUCCCAAUUUCUUGCUACUGUUUCCCAUGAGAUUAGGACACCCAUGAAUGGCGUCCUUGGAAUGCUUGGUCUGCUUUUAGAUACAGAUUUAAGUUCAACCCAGAGGGAUUUUGCUCAAACUGCUCAAGUUUGUGGACGGGCACUGAUAGCAUUGAUAAAUGAGGUGCUUGAUCGUGCAAAAAUUGAAGCUGGGAAAUUAGAACUCGAAGCAGUGCCAUUUAGUCUUCGUUCCAUUCUAGAUGAUGUUCUUUCCUUGUUCUCUGAGACGUCUAGAAACAAAGGUGUAGAGCUGGCAGUGUUCGUCUCUGAUAAAGUUCCAGAUCUUGUUAUGGGGGAUCCUGGAAGAUUCAGACAGAUUGUUACUAAUCUUGUGGGCAAUUCUGUAAAGUUCACUGAACGGGGGCAUAUAUUUGUCAAAGUUCAUCUAGCUGAACCUGCAAAGACUAUGAUAAAUGAUUCUUGUUUGAAUGGAGGAUUAGAAAAUAUUGCACUAACACCUGGUGGUCGCCAGUUUAAAACAUUAAGUGGUCUUGAAGCAGCCGAUGAGCAGAACUGCUGGGAGAGCUUUAGACAUCUAAUUGCUGAUGAAGAAUUCAGGCCAGAUCCUUUAAGUAACAGAUCAGCCACUUAUGAAACUUCUGACCAUGUCACUUUGACGGUAUGUGUGGAGGAUACAGGAAUAGGGAUCCCUUUAUCAGCACAGGAUCGCAUUUUCACACCAUUCAUGCAGGCAGACAGCUCAACCUCCAGACACUAUGGAGGAACUGGUAUAGGCUUGAGCAUCAGUAAGUGUUUGGUUGAACGAAUGGGUGGUCAAAUAAGCUUCGUAAGCAGACCUCAGGUUGGAAGUACAUUUUCAUUCACUGCCACUUUUGAGAGGUAUAAGAAAAAUGCUUUCAAUGAAGUGAAAAAACCUAUUACUGAAGAUCUGCCUUCUGGUUUUAGAGGACUGAAAGCAAUAUUAGUUGACGGGAAACCUGUUAGAGCUGCUGUAUCGAGUUACCAUUUGAAGAGACUUGGUAUCCAGGUUGAAGUUGCUAGUAGCAUAAAAAUAGCGGUUUCUUUAUGUGCAAAAAAUGGUUCAGUCAUAAAUGGAAAUGUAAUGCAGCCCGAUUUAAUCCUAGUUGAGAAGGAGUCAUGGAUAUCUGCUGAAGAUGGUGGCAUGAACAUAAGAUUGUUGGACCGGAAACAGAAUGGAAAUAUAUUCAAGUUGCCCAAGAUGAUUCUUCUUGCAACCCAUAUUAGUAGCACUGAAUUUGAGCAGGCAAAGGCUACAGGUUUCGUAGAUACUGUGAUUAUGAAACCUUUGAGAGCAAGUAUGGUGGCUGCAUGUCUUCAGCAAGUGGGUAUAGGCAAGAAGAGGUUGGAGGGAAAGGACAUGCCAAACGAGUCUUGUGCCCUCAAGAACAUGCUCUGUGGCAAGAACAUUUUGGUGGUUGAUGACAAUAUUGUUAACCGGAGAGUUGCUGCAGGUGCAAUAAAGAAAUUCGGAGCUCAUGUAGAGUGUGCAGACAGCGGAAAAAAAGCACUAGAAUUGCUUCAACUACCGCACGGUUUUGAUGCUUGCUUCAUGGAUAUUCAGAUGCCUGAAAUGGAUGGGUUUGAGGCGACCCGCCGAAUUCGAAAGAGGGAGAGCGAAGCAAAUCAGCAAAUGAAUGGAUCCACUGUUGAAGGAAUUCCCAGAAAAGGUGAGUGGCACACACCAAUACUAGCCAUGACAGCUGAUGUUAUUCAUGCUACCUACGAGGAGUGCGUGAAAUGUGGGAUGGAUGGUUAUGUUACGAAACCUUUCGAGGAUGAGAAUCUCCAUCAAGCACUUGCUAAGAUCUUCAAGUCUAAACCUGUUCUGGAGUCAUAACAAGAGUUUCCCAACUUCAGACAAACCUAGCACAUUCCGAAUCACCGGAAAAGUUUGUUGGAUUGACCAUUACCAGCAAUUUUGGAUGUCUCGUCGGCAUUAUUGUUUUCCUGCUGAAAAUGGUGAAAAUGAGUUGGUUCUCAGAAUACCCAAGGAUUCAGAUGAUGAUGGCAUGAGAUACAGGUUUGCACAUUCAUGUCUAACAAAUUUCCAACUUAACUUGAUUAGAAUCUGAGUACAUGUAUACUACAGAACAGAACCCUCCAAAUCCCCCACUUGUAUGUAUAGGAUCCUUAGGGGGGAGGAGCAAAACAUGUAAAUCAUAUUAUUUUUUGUAUGCUUUCACUGAAACUAUGCUUUUAAGAAAAGUGUCCUCUCAAUACCUUGAUUUUGCAA